CCGCCCCGCCCCCCGUCCACCCUGCUGCUCACGAGGGGCCACGCCGUUGCAGACGCCGAGAUGGAUGUGCCCGGGCAAGGUCUCGAGAGCGAUGCUCCCUGGAAGAAGAUGUCGGAGGAGGAGCUGGAGAACCAGUACUCGCCCAGCCGAUGGGUUGUCCGACUGGGAGCAGAGGGAGCCCUGAAGACCUACCAGGAGAUGGGGAAAGAGGCCACCAAGAGGGCCCGGGCCACCAGGAGGAACCUGCUGAAUGUCCCCUACGGAGACGGCGAAGGGGAGAAACUGGACAUCUACUUCCCGGAGGCAGGGUCUGAAGCCCUGCCUUUCCUCGUGUUCCUCCAUGGAGGGUACUGGCAGAGUGGCAGUAAAGACGAGUCAGCUUUCAUGGUGAACCCGCUGACGGCUCAGGGAGUGGCCGUGGUGAUAGUGGCUUAUGACAUUGCCCCCAAAGGCUCCCUGGCCCAGAUGGUGGACCAGGUAACUCGGAGCGUCGCCUUUGUCCAGAAGCGGUACCCGUGCAAUGAGGGGAUUUACCUGUGCGGACACUCAGCUGGGGCCCACCUGGCCGCCAUGAUGCUCCUAGUUGACUGGACCGAGCAUGGAGUCAUGUGCAACUUCAAAGGCUUUUUCCUGCUGAGUGGGAUCUACGACCUGGAGCCCUUCGUGCACACCUCUCAGAACGCUCCUCUUCUCCUGACCCUGGAGGAUGCUCAGAGGACCAGCCCACAACGGCUCCUGGAGGCGGCCCCCCGGCAGCCCGCAGAUCCAGCCUGCCGAGUGCUGGUGAUUGUGGGCCAGUACGACAGCCCCGAGUUCCUCCGGCAGUCCAGGGAGUUCUAUCAGACACUGUGCCGAGGAGGGUGGAAAGCCUCGUUCGAAGAACUUCAGGACGUGGAUCACUUUGAGAUCGUCUGGAAACUAACGCAGACGGACUAUGUGCUCAACCAGAUUAUUCUGAAAACGAUCUUCCAGGACGGCCUCUGAAGCCCUGGCGGCUUGCGCCCGACUUGCGAGUCUUCUCCAAAGGGCCUGACCGCACCCCUCCUCCAGCCUGCGCAUCCCUGCUCCCCGGCGGCCUCCAUCUGCCCGCCCACCCUCGCAAGAGCCUGUUCUUCCCACUGCUCUGAGCAGAAAUAGAGGUCUCCGUAGCCGUGCUCUGGUCUGGAUUGAGUGGCUCCAGGGACUGUCCAGCCCAGGGCAAUGCUGCGUGAUGCUCAGAACCUCAACUGAAAUUGGAAUCUGGAGGGCCUGUAGGGAACGGGGAACGGUCUCAUACUGUACCACUCACAGUCAGUGACCCCAGUCAGGGAAAGACUAAUCCUGCAUCUCCAACGGGAAGGCGUACGUAUCUACUAUAUGGGUAAGAGGAAGAUUUCUUCUUGUCCAGCAACAAGCUCCACCAAUGGAAAGUGCUGCAGCUCAGCCAAUGAGAAGCCACUUCACCCUGAACUCUAAUGAAUGUUUUACCCACUAAAGAUUUUGUUGUGGACCCUACUUUCUAUAAAAGCUUUCCAUUUUUUGCCCUGGCUAGUGUGGCUCGGUGGAUUGAGUGUCAGCAUGCAAACCAAAAGACCUCCAGUUCUGUUCUCAGUUGGGGCACAUGCCUGGGUUGUGGGCCAGGUGCCCAGUAGGGGGCGUGUGAGGGGCAGCCAAUUGACGUUUCUCUUUCUUCCUCCCUUCUCCUCUCUCUAAAAAUAAAUAAAAUCUUAUAAAGAAAAGUU